AUGCGCCUCUUCUUGUGGAGCAUUUCGCUCCUUGUAAGCCAAAUUAACAGCGCCAAAAAUUUUUCUUUGGACAGAGGCUCUGCACGAAUAAUAUUUCAUUAUGAGGAGGAAAUUUGCCUCCUAAACGAGGCAGUAAAGGAAUAUGCGAUCAUUCGAAGCAAUCAACAUCAGGCUCCGGUACCCAGCGCAAAUUUGCCUCCGCAAAGAUUGAAGCGAUGGUCACUUACACCAGAGUGUCUAACGGAUACAGAGGGAAAGGAGAAAUACUGUGUGUAUAUUAGCAAAACAUUUGCAAGCGGAAGAGGAAUUUCUCUUUUUACUUCACCCACUAUUGCUGAUCAGAUAGCGGAGAGGCUAGAAUCAACAGACUCAGAUAGAUAUGAGAAAUGUAACAAUUUCAAGUCUGCACCUUGGGAGAUAAAGCAUACCCCUGCACGAGGAAAUGGGCUAUUUGCUACGCGUGUCAUUUCACGGGGUGAGGAAAUAAUCACAAGUACCCCAGUUGGAAUUUAUCAGAGCAACGCCUUCUUUCUUGACUAUCCUUUAGGGUACCAAUAUCUUCGAAAAACAUUUGAUCAUCUACCCGAAGAUACAAAGAAGGUUUUCCUUCGCAUGGCCUCUAAUCCUGUCGGGGACUUAGUCAUGGAGAGGAUCAAUGUAAAUUCAUUCGCUGGAGAAUUCGAUGGAAAACCACACUUCUUGAUUUAUCCCGAGACAGCUCUCUUGAAUCAUGACUGCCGUCCCAAUGCGAUGUACCAUUAUAAUUCAUCAUCUCUUAUCCACGCUGCUGUCGCCUCACGCGUUAUUCAACCAGGCGAAGAAAUAACUAUUACAUACAUAAAUAUGCUUACUUCUCGAGCAGAAAGACAACAGCACCUUCAGGCUAUUUGGGGCUUCACUUGUACCUGUGCACAUUGUAAUGGGGAUGAAUCUGAAUCUGAUCGCCGUGUCCAGCGAAUUCAAUAUCUACAGCAAACUCUAACAACCCGCCCUAAUAGCCCGCUAGCUAUGGCAGAAGAGCUUCUAUCAUUAUAUGAGGCAGAAAAUGUACACGCAGCAGCAGGCAUGGGUCACAUGUUUGCCGCAAUAGCGUAUAAUAAUAUAGGUGAUACAACACAAGCUGUAAAGCACGCUCAAAUCGCUCGAGAGAUGGGAAUCAUUAAUGAUGCUAAGCGUGAGGACAAUGAAGAAGAUAUGCUUAGUCUGUUGAAGGCACCAAGUCUACACUGGAGCUACAAGAGUCAUUCAGGCGCAAAGUAA